UACAUAACAAUGCAGAUACAUUGUCCAAAAUAGUCGAAGACAAAUGUAAUACAUUUAAUCUUUAUCAAAAAGUAGCUAAUAUAGGAAAUACUGAUGAAACACAUAAAAAAGAUAUGAUUUUGAAACUCUACAAAACCUAG